AUGUCUAGUUGUCAAUCAACCGGUGCUACAUCUACAACACUUGCUCCUGUAAGAUCAGAAGAUCCAGCAUGGGCCCAUGCACGUGCAGUGCCAGGGGCAAGAAAUAAUACUGAAUGUUUAUACUGUAAUAAAGUAAUUAGAGGUGGCGGGAUCACUCGAUUGAAGUAUCAUCUAGCUGGGAUUCCAGGCAAUGUAGAGGCAUGUAAAAAGGUCUCUGAAGAUGUAAAAUGGCAAAUGAAGGAGUUGCUUGAUGAAAUUAAAAGAAGCAAAGAGAAGAAAAGAAAAAUAAGCUCAGAGAUUGGAGGUGAUAUAGAUUUAACAUCUGAUGAUAUUGAUGAUAGUAAUAGUAUGGAAGGACAAUCUCAGCUUUCAAAAGGUAAGGGGAAGUCAGGAGAAUCUGGAACUGGAAAGUCAGUGGGGGGAUUAAGUAGAUUUUUUGCUCCAAGAACAACUCCUGGGGCCCAACCUUCAAUUAAGAGUUCUAUGUGUUCGAAUGAGAUGCUUGUACAAGCAAAGAUGGCUGUAGCACGCUGGUGGUAUGAUUCUAAUCUGCCUUUCAAUGCGGCUCAAUCCAAGUUUUAUCAACCAGCUAUCGAUGCCAUGACUGCUAUCGGGCCAGGAUUUAAGGGCCCUUCUUUAUAUGAGUUGAGAGGAAAUUUGUUAAAGAUGACUGUGAAUGAGGUUCAAGAUUAUUUGCAACAAAUUAAGAAGGUUUGGAAUGACACCGGUUGUACACUAAUGGCAGAUGGUUGGACAAAUCAGAAGCAACAAUCAAUAAUCAACUUUUUAGUUUAUUGUCCAAAAGGUACAAUGUUCUUGAAGUCUGUUGAUACAUCUGGCCUUAGAAAAGAUGCUGAAACAUUGUUUAAUAUCUUUGAUGAGGUUGUUCAAGAAAUUGGAGCUGAGAAUCUUGUGCAGUUCAUAACGGACAAUGAUGCAAGUUAUAAAGCUGCAGGAAAAAAGUUACAGCAGAAGUAUGGCUCUUUCUACUGGUCCCCUUGUGCAGCUCAUUGCAUAGACUUGAUGUUGGAGAAUUUUUCUGAUCCAAGAUAUUUUCCCCUUAUUGAUGAUACUAUAAAAAAGGCAAAAAAGAUAACAAAGUUCAUCUAUAACCAUGGUUGGGUUUUGGCAUUGAUGAGACAAGAGUUCACCAAAGGUCAUGAUUUGUGUCGUCCUGCAAUUACAAGGUUUGCGACAAAUUUUUUAAGUAUCCAAUGCUUGCUCUUGUUUAAGAAAGAACUGAGACAAAUGUUUACUUGUGAUAAAUGGAUUGCAUCAAGCCAUUCUAAAAGUAUCAUAGGGAAAGAGAUAGCUGGGAUUGUUUUAGAAGAUAAAGAGUUUUGGGCUCAAUGUCAAUUUAUUGUUAAAAUUAGUGAGCCUUUGGUUCGUGUUCUACGACUUGUUGACGGGGAUGAGAAGCCUGCAAUGGGAUACUUGUAUGAUGCAAUGGAAAGAGCCAAAGAGAAUAUAAAAGCAAGAUGUAAUAACAAAGUUAGUAUAUUCAGUCCAUUCACCAGGAUCAUUGAUUCUAGAUGGGAUAAGCAGCUUCACAGUCCAUUACAUGCGGCGGGUUGUCUUCUUAACCCUGGAAUUUUCUAUAGCCCCAGCUUUAAAAAAAAAAAUGAUGUUAUAAAAGGCUUCAACAGUUGUGUUAUGAAGAUGGCACUUGAUCCUGAUGAUCAAGACAAGAUCAUUGAAGAACUUGACUCGUAUAAUAAUGCAGUAGGUGAGUUUGGACAUGCUUUAGCAAUCCGCCAGCGUGAUAAGCUUAAUCCAGUUGCAUGGUGGACCCAAUUUGGUUGCGAGGUUCCAACACUUCAAAGGUUUGCUGUUCGAGUACUAAGUCAAUGUUGUAGUGCAACUGGAUGUGAGAGAAAUUGGAGUACAUUUGAUUUUAUUCAUUCGAAGAAGAGAAAUAGAUUAGUACAUAAACGUUUGAAUGACUUAGUAUUUGUUCGUUAUAACUUGAAGCUGCGAGAGAGGAGCAUAAAAAAGGGAAGAGAUGCUUUAAAUCCAAUCAAUCUUGAAAAUAUUGACUUGAUGGAAGAAUGGGUGAGUGAAGAAUCUGAGCUUCUUGAUGGAGAAGAUUUGGAUUGGGCAAGUAUUGAGGAGCCAUUAAUCUCACUAAAUGAGGAAGACGUUGAUAAUGAAUUCAUGCUGCUCUCCUCUACAGUUAUCAAUAGAAACGUUGAGGCUCCAUCAUUGAUAUACUUCCUAGCUUGCAUCGCCGAGAUCAAAGGUGGGGUGGCCUUAACUGAUGUUCCUGCAUACCUCAUCCUGUCUUCAGUUGGAGAUUUAAACACAACCUCUCAUUUCUGA